AUGGCCGCCGCCGAGGGCCACUUCCGCGACGCCAUCUCCCUCUUCCUCAGAAUGCGCGCCUCCGCCGCGCCACGCUCGUCUGUCCCGGCCUCCCUCCCGGCCGCGCUCAAGUCCUGUGCCGCCCUAGGCCUCAGCGCCCUCGGCGCCUCCCUCCACGCGCUGGCCAUCCGCUCCGGUGCAUUCGCCGACCGCUUUACCGCCAACGCCCUCCUCAACCUCUACUGCAAGCUCCCGGAUUCGUAUCUCCACUCCACUGGUGUGACCAGCGUGGGUGGCACCGGAUCAUCAGCCGCAUUGGAGAGCGUGCAGAAGGUGUUCGACGAAAUGUUCGAGAGGGACGUGGUGCCCUGGAACACUUUGGUGCUGGGCUGCGCGGAGGAAGGGAGGCACCAUGAAGCGCUGGGCUUGGUCAGGAAGAUGUUGAGGGAAGGGUUUAGGCCUGACUCUUUCACCUUAUCCAGUGUGCUGCCAAUCUUCGCAGAGUGUGCCGAUGUCAAGAGAGGCUUGGAGGUGCAUGGUUUUGCAGUCAGGAAUGGGUUUGACAGCGAUGUGUUCGUUGGCAGUAGCCUGAUUGAUAUGUAUGCGAAUUGCACAAGGACGGAUUACUCUGUCAAAGUGUUUGACAACCUCCCGGUACGAGACCCAAUUCUGUGGAACUCCAUGCUUGCAGGUUGUGCACAAAAUGGUUCAGUUGAGGAGGCUCUUGGAAUAUUCCGUCGGAUGCUGCACGCUGGAGUUAGACCUGUGCCUGUGACUUUCUCGAGCCUCAUACCUGUCUGCGGUAAUUUGGCAUCAUUGCGCUUUGGGAAGCAGCUGCAUGCCUCUGUGAUCCGUGGUGGGUUUGAAGAUAAUGUGUUUAUAUCUAGCUCCCUGAUUGACAUGUACUGCAAAUGUGGGGAGAUUAGCAUUGCUCAUCGCAUCUUUGACAGGAUGUGUUUACCAGACGUUGUAUCAUGGACUGCGAUGAUCAUGGGGUACGCAUUGCAUGGUCCAGCAAGAGAGGCACUUGUGCUGUUUGAGAGAAUGGAACUGGGAAAUGCAAAGCCUAAUCAUAUCACCUUUCUUGCGGUUCUGACUGCAUGUAGCCAUGCUGGAUUAGUGGAUAAGGGCUGGAAAUAUUUUAAGAGUAUGUCAGAUCAUUAUGGAAUUGUUCCUACUCUAGAGCAUUGUACAGCGCUUGCUGAUAUCCUUGGUCGUGCAGGAGAGUUAGACGAAGCAUACAAUUUUAUAUCGAAGAUGCAAAUAAAACCAACUGCGAAUGUCUGGUCCACAUUGUUAAGGGCUUGCAGGGUCCAUAAAAAUACCAUUUUAGCUGAGGAAGUAGCCAAGAAAAUUAUGGAGCUUCAACCUAGGAGCAUUGGAUCUCAUGUAGCUUUGUCAAAUAUGUAUUCAGCUUCUGGGAGAUGGAAUGAAGCAGCACACCUACGAAAAUCUAUGAGAAAAAAAGGGAUUAUUGAUGCACUGAAUGUUUUCUCAGAGCAGAUGGCACGCGAAGGACAUGUACCCAAUACAGAGGAUGUUUUCCAGGAUAUUGAAGAAGAACAGAAGGCAUAUGUGUUAUGUGGUCAUAGUGAGAAGCUUGCUAUAGUGUUUGGUAUUAUAAGCACACCUGCUGGAACAAGAAUUCCUGUGAUGAAGAAUCUCCGAGUCUGUAUUGAUUGCCACACAGUAACUAAAUUUAUUUCAAAGUUAGCUGAUAGGGAGAUUGUUGUGCGUGAUGCAAACCGUUUCCACCACUUUAAGGAUGGGAAUUGUUCCUGCAGGGACUUUUGGUGA